CAGCCGGGCCGGGCAGAGCCGCCGUGUGGAGCAUGGGGAGCUGCUGGCUGCGCCUCGCCGCGCUGCUCGCCCUGGGCGCCCGGGCCAGCCUGGAGAGCGAGGGAUCGGGAUACUCACCCCUUGAAGAUGAUGAGGAUGUUUAUGCACGCAAUAGAUACAAAGAAACACCGUGGUGCUCCCCCAUUAAAGUGAAACAUGGUUAUGCAAACUGCAGGACACCUCAAGGGGAAUAUUACAAGAAUGUGUUGGGCACAAGAUGUGAUAUUCGCUGUCAGAAAGGCUACGAGCUGCAUGGCCCUCACCAGCUGAUCUGUCAGUCAAGCAAACGCUGGUCUGGGAAGGUGCUGUGCAAACAAAAGCGUUGCCCUACCCUGUCCAUGCCGACCAACGGGGGCUUCAAGUGCUUGGAUGGUGCCUACUUUGGCUCGAGGUGUGAGUACUACUGCUCCCCGGGCUACCAGCUGAAGGGGGAGCGCGUUGUCACCUGCCUGGACAGCAAAGCCUGGAGCGGCCGGCCGGCCGCCUGCCUCGACACUGAGCCUCCCAGGAUCCAGUGCCCGAGCGUGAAGGAGAAAAGCGCGGAGCCCAACAAGCUGACGGCCCGAGUGUUCUGGGACACGCCGGAGGGGCGCGACACCGCGGACGGCAUUCUGACCGAGUGGGUGAAAAUCUACACCUGUGCUUUCCUCCUUACUCUUCUCUUAGCAAUUCAGCAGGCCAGUGUUAUUUUGAAAGGCCUUCCACCAGGGUCACAUUUUCCAGAAGGUGACCACAAAAUCCAGUAUACUGUGUACGACAGAGCUGAAAACAAAGGCACUUGUAAAUUUCUUGUUAAAGUCAGAGUCAGGCGCUGUGUGAAGUUAAAUGCCCCAGAUAAUGGCUACAUCAAGUGCUCAGGUGAUGGAAAUAACUAUGGUGCUACCUGUGAGUUCUCCUGCAUUGGUGGCUAUGAGCUGCAAGGAAGCCCAGCUCGAGUCUGCCAGUACAAUUUGGGGUGGUCAGGAGUGGAGCCAACCUGUGCACCCAUGAAUAUUAAUGUGAAUGUGAGGACUGCAGCUGCACUUCUGGAUCAGUUUUAUGAGAAGCGGAGACUGCUAAUUAUUUCAACUCCUACUGCAGCUAACUUCUUCUACAGGAUGCAGCUGGGGAUGCUGCAGCCGGCGCAGUGUGGCUUAGACCUGCGGCAUGUCACCGUGGUGGAGCUGGUUGGUGUCUUCCCAGCACAGAUAGGAAGGAUAGGAGUGAAGCUGCUGCCCCCAUCACUUGCCCUGCAGCUCAGGCUGCUGCUGAGGAUCCCCCAUUACAGUUUCAACAUCGUGGUGAUGGACAAGCACGGCAUGGACAAGGAACGCUACCCUUUCCCAGCAACACCAGCUGAGCUCUUUGCCCUGAUUGACAAAUUCCCCUUGAGAAAAGAUGAGAUGAAGCUGCAAGCAGAAAUUGGUCAGUCAUGUCCCUAAUUCAGCAUUUCAGGACCUGCAGUUGUCGGUGAAUUUUUUGUGAUCUACAGAAUUCUCCCCUUGGUGCUACACAAAGCAUGGCUUUUUUAAUCACUGGUGUGAUUUUUUGUGUGUACUGGUAAAUCUGUCCAGCCAUGCAGCUGCUCUGCAUAGAAGGGUGCACGAUGCUCUUUUGUACUUUCAGUCAUCUUUAGACCAUAGAAUGGCCUGGGUUGGAAGUGACUUUAAAUAUUGAGUUCCAGCCCUGGUGCCAUGGACAUCUUGCACUGGAUCAGGUUGCUCAGAGCCCCAUCCAACCUGGCCUUGAACACUUCCAGGGAUGGGGCAGCCACAGCUUCUCUGGGCAACCUGUGCCAGUGCCUCACCACCUGCACAGUGAAGAAUUUUCCCCCAAUAUCUAAUCUGAACCUGUUCUCUUACACGUUCAAGCCAUUCUCCCUUGUCUGUCAUUCCAGAUGCUUGUAAGAAAUCCCUCUCCAUCUUUCCUGUAGGCUCUGUUCAGGGACUGGAAGGCCACAAUUAGGUCACCCCUAAGCCUUCUCUUUUCCAGGCUGAACAAUCCCCAUUUUCUCAGCCUUUCCUCACAGGAGAGGUGCUCUGUCCCUGUGAUCACCUUGGUGGCCUUCUCUGGACUUGCUCUGACAGUUUGAUGUCUUUCCUCCUGCUGGGGACCCCACAGCUGGAUGAAUGUGGAUGUAGGAUUUACUACCUAAUGGAAUUUCUUGUACAGAGAGUGAAGAACUGAGGCACGGUUCUGGGAGUUUAUUUUGGAUUUUUCAUUCAGUGUAAAAUUGGGGUUUCUUUCUUACUGUUUAUAAUUCUUUUUAUUAAUAAAAUAAUUGUUUUGCAAACA